UUUAUUCAUUUAGUAUCAAAACUACGUUCGGUUUACCUACAUCUUCAUAUACACAAGCGCGAUGCUUCACCAAGGAAAAUUUGGUAUUUGAGAACAAUUCCUGUGAGCUACUCGAUCAACCCGAAAGAUACUUAUCAAAUGAUUGAGAUUUGGAAUUUCAUCAAUUACUGACGGUUUUUCUUUCACGGCCGGAAAAAUCAUCAAGGACGCACAUAAUCACGCAGACUGCGGCGCCCUCCGCUUCCGCCCACCAUCCAUUCCCGGCAAAACAAACGAAGUACUGAUAAGAAUUUUGAAUCGAGUCGAGUUGACAGCUCAAAAUGAUUAAAUUAAUCGUAUACAUUUGUCUGUUGCUCAAGCUAUUUGCUUCCGCCAAUCCUCUAUCUAACUCGUCUACGCUGCAGAAAAGUCAAUCUGCGAUGCCUACUCAGAAAAAAGUGAUCGUAAUUGGAGCUGGAGCUGCUGGAAUUGCGGCAGCUACUCGUCUGAUUGAAAAUGGAAUCAAAGAUGUGCUAAUAAUAGAGGCCGAAGACCGAAUCGGUGGUAGGAUUUAUACGUUGGAUAUUCCCGGAGACGAAGGUGUACUCGAAAUUGGCGCUCAGUGGAUACAUGGAGAAAAAAACAACGUUGUUUUUGAAUUAGCAUCCAAGAAAAAGUUGAUUGGUAGAUUUGACCAAGUGUUUGAAAACAUGUUAUUCGUUCAGUCCUCUUCGCAAGUUAUUGAUCCAGAGGUGCAUAACAAAAUGACGAAAUUGUUCUACAGUAUUAAAACGAACCCCGAUGAAAAUGUACUCGAGUACAAAACGUCUGGAAAUUAUUAUUUAACAAAAAUAAACGAGUCCCUUCAGCAUGGCAAUUAUUCAAUCAGCGAAGAUCUGAAAUCGCAAUUUAUCGAAUGGUUUCACCAACAAAUCAAUUCGGUAGAUGCUAGUGAUACAUGGUUUCAAUCAUCUGCCUCAACUAUGAUUGAAUACUGGGAGUGUGAAGGCUUUCCGUCGAUUGCAUGGACUCCUAAUGGAUAUCGCCAGCUAUUUACUGCUCUAUCGGAAAAGGCUGAUUCUAUACUGGGAAAAAACUUUCUCGAAAAUUACAUUAAGAAAAAUACGGAGGUUGUUAAGAUAACCCCAGAUGGCAAAGGUGUUCGUAUAAAAUGCGAUAACAACGAAGAAUAUGUAGCUGAUCAUGUUAUAGUUACUGUAUCUCUCGGAGUACUUAAGGCUAAUUAUAAAAAACUGUUCCCUGAAAACCUAUUACCCGAUAAGCAGCAAAAAGCGAUACAACAUUUGCUGUUCGGUAACGUGGCUAAAUUGUACCUGAAAUUUCCACAUAGAUGGUGGCCUGAAAAUAUAACCGAUAUUUCUUUACUUUGGAACGAGACAGAUAAAUCGGAUUAUGAAAGACGGGGUUUGAAAUGGGUCACCGACGUAUUUGCGUUUAUGGUAUCCUAUAAUCAUAAUUCAACGUUAUGCGGAUGGAUUAGUGGACAAUCAGCUCGCGAUAUGGAAGCUAUAGACGAAAAUUUUGUUAAAAAUGAGCUCAUGCAAGUGUUGAGAAAGUUUUUAGGAAAUAAGUACACCAUUCCUGAACCCGAUUGGUUCUACAGAUCAACAUGGAAAUCGAAUUCCCAUUUUAAUGGCACUUACAGUUUGAGAGGACCAAUUACGGAUUCAAUGAAUGUGUCUGCUGCCGAUUUAAGUGUUCCAGUUGUCAAUAAAGACAAUGUUCCUGUGAUAUUAUUCGCUGGAGAAGCUACUCAUCCUCAUUACUACUCAACUGUCCACGGAGCCGUUGAAACCGGCUGGAGAGAAGCUGAUCGUAUCAUAUCAUUGAAGAAAGCAGUCAAUUAGAUCAAAGUUACCAAAAUUGUGAAUUCAAUGAGCAAAAUACGGUUGAAUCCGAAUCAGUCGCCAUUUUAGUAACUCGAAUGAUACGUAAGUACAGAGUUUUUGUCGGAAAUUGUAGAGUGAACUUAUCCUUCAUUGCGUGUUUUAACUUCCUUCUUUUAUUAUUAUUAUUUUUUCAUUUCGAAAUACUUAUUCAUGGAGAUAUUUUCUUUGUUUUAAAUUUUGAAUUUGUUGAAGUGAAAUUCUUGUAAUAAAAGUUUGAAAUUGA